AUGGCAUGUGUUUAUACAAUUUUAGCAGUUCUAGGAAUAUUUUUUAUUUCUCCUCUUUUAAUACCAGCACUCUUUUUGGGGGUUGUAUUAUAUGACUUUUUCAACUCAGAACUUCCACCUGGAAUUGAGCAACCGCUAAAGCUUCGUUUUUUCCACACCUUGCUGAUCACAACCAUGGUUGCGGGAAAGAUUUUGGAGAAGCUGAGGAUCUGCAAUGAUUUAACCAUACUGCGAGUAGUGCUCGAUGGAAUACCUCAAUGGAGAGAUUCCAAACUGUUUAUCAAAGAUCUCACAGUAGAUGGGGUACCCUUGAGGAUUUAUCAGCCCAAAAGCCCAUCCACUGGCAAAAGAAGAGGAAUUCUGUAUUUUCAUGGAGGCGCUGGCACAUUUGGGAGCAUUAGAGCCUUUGAAAGAGUAUGCCGCUAUAUGGCCAAAAGAUGCAACUCAGUGGUUGUGUCUGUUGGGUACCGUCUGGCUCCUGAACAUCCCUACCCAGGGCAAUAUUUUGACUGUCUCAGUGCCACCUUAUACUUCAUGAGGAAUUUAGAAGAAUAUCACGUGGAUCCUGGUCGCAUCAUCAUUAGUGGUGACAGCUGUGGAGCUAAUUUUGCUACUGUUAUUUGCCAAAUACUGCUAAAUUACAGAGAUCUGCCAAAAGUACGUGCUCAGGUCCUACUUUACCCAGGACUCCAGGGGCUGGAUUUCCACUUGCCCUCCUACCAGCAGAACGCUUUCGUCCCCAUGUUGUCCCGGAAGAUGAUCGUCUACUUCUGUUUUCGUUACCUUAACAGAAAACCCACAUUUUGGAAAGAUGUUCUACAAAACUGCCAUGUUCCUGAUAGUAUGAGACACCAGUAUAAAAAAUGGGUAAGUGCUGACCUUAUUCCUGAAGAAUUUAAGGUUAGAGGCUACGUACCACCAAAACCUGCAUCAUAUAAACCUGAAGUCCAUGAAGCUGUCAAAGAAAUUUUAGCAGUAACAUUUUCCCCACUUUUAGCUGAAGAUUCCAUUAUUUGCCAGCUCCCUGAGUCCUACAUUGCCACCUGUGAGUUUGAUGUGUUGAGGGAUGAUGGUCUGUUAUACAAGAAGAGACUAGAGGAAAAUGGUGUUCGAGUGACUUGGUAUCAUUGUGAGAAUGGCUUCCAUGGAAUUUUAGCCUUUUUUGGCUAUGGGAUUUUUUCCUUUUUAUCUGGAAAUAAGAUAAUGGACAGUAUUGUGAAUUAUAUAAACAGUUUAUAG